CAUUUGUCAGUUGUCAGUUCUCAGGGGAAUGAAUGACCAAAGAAUGUUUGUUUCGUAGUUUACAGCGUGUGUGAAGUUUAUCAUAUAUCUUACAUUUCUUUGCCUAAUAUUAUGAAAUUAGAAUAGUUUUCAUAGUAAUUUAUUAAAACAACUUCAGUGUAAACCCUAGAUGUUGCAAAAAUGUGGACAACAAAGACGUUUUUAACCAAAACAAAGCGCGGAAACAUAAUAAAAAUUGUGAGGGAACAUUACUUGCGGGAUGAUUUACUGUGUGGUUCUGCCGCUUGCAACACUUGCCCUCAUAAAGACGAUGAAUUAGUUUUGGAGUCUGAACCAACAUCCAUCUGCGCAUUGUUUGACUACCCUCACUAUUUGAUAUUGGACACAAAUGUAGUUCUACAUCAAAUUGAUGUUCUUGAAGAAGAUGCAUUGAAAAAUGUUAUAAUUCUGCAAACUGUAUUGGAGGAAGUGAAACACAGGAAUACAGCAGUGUUUCAGAGAUUGUUAGAAAUAAUAAGCAAUAAGAAUAGGAAGUUUUAUUCAUUUGUCAAUGAACACCAUAAAGACACUUACAUUGAACGAAAUCCUGGCGAGAAACAGAAUGAUAGAAACGACAGGGCUAUUCGGCGGGCCUCUGCAUGGUAUGAGACGCACUUGAAUAUAAACAGUGUUGUUGGACAGUCUCCGAGGAUAGUGUUGCUGACGGAUGAUGAAAAAAACAGAAAUAUUGCUCAAAAUGAAGGCAUUGUGUGUUGCAAUGUCAAAGAUUAUAUAGAAAAUGUAUCAGGGUUUGUUGGACUCAGUGAUAAGUUAUCAAAGAAUGUUAUACCGGAAAGUUGUUCAAAGGACGCUCUGUACCCAGCCCACUUGACACCCACACAAGUACACGAAGGUAUAAGGAACGGCAAGCUUUAUCAGGGUACCUUUCAUGCGUCCCGCGAUAAUUUCUUGGAGGGCACUGCAAACAUCAAUGGAUUUGAUAAGCCUAUCCUACUACAAGGGCACAUAGGUAUCAACAGAGCUGUAGAUGGUGAUGUAGUUGCCAUUGAACUUCUACCAGAAGAAGAAUGGCGUAGGCCUAGUGACAUUGUUUUAGAAGACAAGGCUGAUGACCCUGGAGAUUUUUUGGAGGAGGAGACCCUUCUUUUAAACUCGGUGAAAGCUGAUAAGGCGAAGGAAGAAAUCACUCCCACAGGGAAAGUGGUUGGCAUUAUUAGAAGGAAAUGGAGGCAAUAUUGCGGUAUUUUGAUGCCGAGCCGGUUACCUGGCGCGACGCGUCACCUGUUCACGCCGGCGGAGAAGCGCAUCCCGCGCGUGCGCAUCGAGACGCGGCAGAGCGACGCGCUCGCGGCGCAGCGCAUCCUCGUCGCGCUCGACUCGUGGCCGCGCAACAGCCGCUACCCGCUCGGACACUUCGUGCGCGCGCUCGGACCCAUAGGUGACAAGAACGCGGAGAAUGAAGUAAUCCUUCUAGAACAUGAUGUACCUCAUGCGCGAUUCAGCGAAGCUGUGCUGUCUUGUCUGCCUCCAGAUAACUGGACGAUACCCGAAGAGGAAAUAAAAAAACGAGUAGACCUCCGUUCGACCUGCGUGUGUUCCGUGGACCCGCCCGGCUGCACGGACAUCGACGACGCGCUGCACGCGCGCGCGCUGGCGGGCGCGACGCGCGCCGGGCUCAAGAGGUUCGAGGUGGGCGUGCACAUCGCGGACGUGACGUACUUCGUGCGCCCCGACACGCCGCUCGACAAGGAGGCCGCGGCCAGGUCCACCACCGUGUACUUGGUAGAUCGAAGGAUCGAUAUGGUUCCAGAUCUGUUGAGUUCCAACUUGUGUUCGUUGCGCGGCGGUGAAGAGAGACUUGCUUUCUCCUGCGUGUGGGAGAUUGAUGAAAAUGCUAACAUUUUGGCCACGAGGUUCCACAAAAGCGUCAUAAAGUCAGCUGCGGCGAUGACGUACGAGGAGGCGCAGCUCGCGAUCGACGACUCGUCCCGCGCGGACGCGGUGGCCACGUCCCUGCGCACGCUCAACGCACUCGCCAAGCGACUCAAGCGCAAGCGGCUCGACCAGGGCGCCCUGCUCCUCGCCUCGCCAGAGAUCAGGUUCCAGGUGGAUUCCGAAACGCAUGACCCUAUAGAAGUGCAGGCGAAGAAACUGGUAGACACGAACUCGAUGGUGGAAGAGUUCAUGUUGCUGGCCAACAUCAGCGUGGCGGAGAAGUUGUUGCAGGACUUCCCGCAGUGUGCACUCCUGAGGAGGCAUCCCGCACCCCCACCUGCCAACUUCGACACCUUCCUCAAAGCGGCUAGGCAACAGGGCUUCGAGAUAGACGUGUCAACGAACAAAGCAUUCUCUAAAUCACUGGAUGAAGCCGUAAUUCCGGGCCGUCCGUACUUCAACACGUUGCUGCGCAUAAUGGCGACGCGAUGCAUGCAGCAAGCGGUGUACUUCGUCAGCGGCUCCGUCUCACAAGACGAGUACUACCACUACGGGCUCGCGUGUCCUAUAUACACACACUUCACUUCGCCUAUACGUAGGUACGCGGACGUGAUGGUGCACCGCCUGCUGGCGGCGGCGCUCGGCUGCGACACCACGCACGCCGCGCUUGUGGACGCGCGCCGCGGGGAGGCGCAGUGCGACGCGCUCAACUACCGGCACCGCCAGGCGCAGCACGCCGGCCGCGCCUCCGUCGCGCUCAACACGCACAUAUUGUUCAGGCACAAAGUAGCUAUUGAAAGCGCUGUAGUACUCGCCGUGAAACGGAACGCUCUACAGGUGUUGAUACCAAAAUAUGGCCUCGAAGGGCCCUUGUAUUUGCCGUCGGACAAGUUCAAAUAUAAUGAGGAGGAACAUUACCAAGUAUGCGACGAUGUUAUCCUAAAGACCUUUGAUGAGAUCACUGUACGCCUAAGCCUUGAUAGGUCCAACUUGCAGCAUCAAAAACUAGUGUUUCAAUUGGUGAAACCGUACGUGCCAGAUUUUAGCUACGUGGUGGAGGAUGAAGGCAAAAUGGACGUGGAUGAAGCGAAUCAGAAAAAAGCGAAGGGCAAAGGUGAUGAAAAGAAAAGAAAAGAUCCGGCUAACACUAAAGCCAGCAAAAAAAAGAAGGCUAAAAAAUAAAUUGUUUAAAAUAUAAAACGUAUAUUUAUUUACCAUUGAUAAUAAAAGUCUAUUCUUAUAUCCUUGA